AUGAUAGAAAACUUUUGGGGAAAUCCUAAAGUGGCAGGGUUUCGCACUGCAGCUAUCGGCGGUGUGCGACAGGAAGUACCUGUACAUGGCAAGCGCUAUUACCGAGUGCAGCUCUGGAGUUUUCCUCCUUUCCCUCUUGUUUCCCCUGGUCGCAAGGUGUCUUGGGUGACGCCCCAACGCUUGGGAUCUCGGGCAGCCGUUGGGGUUAUUGGCGCCUUCCCUAGUGGGGCAGGGGUACCUUCCCAGCUUCCAUUGGUGGUGGUCAGCGAUGGAGUCAGCGAUGUAGUCAGCUCUCUGGCAUGCGCCACCUCUUCCUGUCACGACCGAGUCUGGUGCGCCCCAAUUCCUGCUGCUCCUACGUCGCUCGACGUCGGAUUUCAACUGCCAUUCUCGCCAGAGUCCUCCCAGGUGACUUCAACCGUGAUGCGUGAGAAAUGGGAUGAGUCUGGAUGGAAAGACCGUCGCUCUUGCCUUUCGGAGAUCUCUUUGGGGACAACCGAGACAGCUCCAAAAGGGGCAACAGCGAAACACGAGGCAAGAGCGUAG